AUGGCGCCUCCCACGGCGCCUCUAAACCUAGAUGUCGAGGCAAUAUCAGGUAUCUGCGGGUCCAUCUCAAUUGCGGCUUGGGUUGUAGUAUUUUCCCCUCAAAUCAUAGAAAACUUCCGACGAAACUCCGCCGAUGGCCUGUCCGUUCCAUUCAUCAUCCUCUGGUUACUCGGAGAUGUCUUCAAUAUCCUUGGCGCCGUUCUUCAGGGGGUCCUACCGACAAUGCUUAUCCUAGCCAUCUACUACACGAUAGCCGACUUCGUCCUCCUCGCGCAAUGCUUCUACUACAAGGGUUUCACAUGGAAGGAUGAACUCCCACCAGCCCAACCAAAACGAACACAUGCUGCUGUCGUCGGCGAACCAACGGAGAGGACGGGAUUGCUUGACGGCCACUUGGAUGAGAGGGAGCGAAGAGACAGUGGAUGGAAUCAUUUAAGUCCGGCUGUGCCAUUGGUAUCGGAAGCUCCGGCAACUCCCCCACCCCCACCUACGAGACUACAAUCGACCAUAUGGAACUUGAUUGCCGUCGUUAUGGUUUGUGUGGCCGGUGUUGUUGGGUGGAUACUUAGCAGGCAAUACUCAAACAGCCAACCCGAAUCACCCGCAGACGAGGGUCUUCCAUCUUUUGAUCUUUGGGGACAAAUAUUUGGGUGGCUAUGCGCUAUUCUUUAUCUCGGCUCACGACUCCCACAAUUGUUACUCAAUUGGCGUCGCAAAUCAACGGAGGGGGUCAGUAUCCUCUUCUUCCUGUUUGCUUGCCUGGGUAAUCUGACAUAUGUCCUUUCGAUCUUCGCUUAUGAACCACAUUGCGCUAAGUCCCACUGUGAAGCUGGCGAAGCAGGAAGGAUAUAUGGAAGGUAUAUAUUAGUCAACUCCUCGUGGUUGGCUGGUAGCCUUGGUACGCUACUGUUGGAUUUGGGCAUCUUCGUCCAAUUCUUCAUAUACAGCAAUGAUGAUUCGGGAGAUGUCGAUGAUGAGGUGGUAGAAGACGACGACGCUAGCAUCGAUGAACGGCGAAUUGAUGAUCGCCCACUCUUACAGCGUGCUGGCUCAGGCCUCCCGUAGAAGGGAUUCCUGGCGACUAGUGGCCUGAAGUGGUGGUACUUGCGUAACUGGGCUACAACAAAAAAGGAUUGGGUACCGGAAAAGGAAAAAGGAAAAAACUUAGCGGAGUUGACUGAUUUAUUUCUCUUCAUUCAAAAAGCCGGGGCACUUAUGUUAUUGCAUGACGGUAAAGAAAAGGUUGUCCUUCACAGGGCGUGAGGUUGGUAUUCCGAGCAUAUGGAUAUCUAACAUGCUACUUACAUAAAAACCAUAGAUUCUGCAGCAAUGCUUCGAGCUAUGUGGCGUUCUUAGGGAUGGUAUUUGGUUGCUAAAAUUUUACAUCUUUUAAUAUAUACUCAGCUUGGAUUCUUUGCAUAGGGUCUGUCAAUAUCAUGACAUGUGAUGCUAGGGCCAUUCAGUGUCAUUAGCGACUCGACUUGCCUGCAAAAAUAAAUGUCUCGGAUGUAUGGCUAGAAUUUGAAACUCCGGAAGCCUCGCAAGAGGACGGCACGGGAACCUUCAAAAUGUAGUAUGAUAGUAGAGGGCAUAUAUAUCUCUAGGCUUACGUUUCACUAAUUC